AGCUACGAGAACAAAUACGUGAAAUUCUUCCGGAGCAAACCCGAGCUGCCGCCGGGUCUGAACCCCGAGGCCGCCGCCCCCUCCCCGCCGGGCCGAGGGACCCCCGGGCGGCCCGAUGGGGGGGGCUGCGACCCCUCCCCAACUUUGUCCAAGAGCGCCCGGAGGAACCUGAAACGCAAAGAGAAAAGGAAACAGCAGCAGGAAAAAGAUCGGGAAAACCACGGGGGGGACGGACUGAGCCAGGAGCUGGAAAAAAUCAGCCUGGGAGGAGGAGGAGGAGGAGAUUCGGGGGGCAUUUUAGGGACCCCCUCGGGCAGCACCCCCGUGCCCAGCCCCGGGGUCACCCCCGGCCCCUCGGAGCGCGGCCGGCGCAUCAAGAGCCUGCGGAAGAAGCUGCGCCAGGUGCAGGAGCUGCAGCAGCGCCUGGAGCGGGGGGCGCUGCCCGAGCCCAGCCGGGAGCAGCUGGACAAGCUGGGCCGGAGGGCGGCGCUGGAGGAGGAACUCAGGGCGCUGGAGCGGGACUCGGAGUGA